AUCUUCCCCUUAAAUGUGGUAGGAAUUUGGACAAGUUGCCCUCUAAAGUCUAAUAUGAAGUAGAAAAUAUCUAUUAUAAGAUUUUUAUGUUUUUUUUUUCUAGUGCAAGAAAGGGUACAAAGCCCUGAACUAAAUUACAUAACUAAGAAAUAACAACUUGCGGCAUGAAUGUAUGAUAAAAAUCUACUUUAGAAUCUUGUUUAAUUUCGAAGGCACGCCUUCAAUUAUGUCACAUUAAAUGAUUAACCCAUAUAAUCAUGUCACACUUGAGAAUGUUGUUACUUGUUAGACAAGAGAUUUGCGGUCUGUCAAAUAGGCUCACUUUUUUUUUUUUGGAAAAGUUAGACCGAAAUAUUAUUUCACAUCAAACUCUGCCAAAGUAAGAAUACUUUGGGGUAACAGAACCAUACAAACAACUGAACAAGUUCAUUACUUCUACUUGUAUUUCAUCUUGUCACUAAAUGGGCUACAGUGUUCUCGAUUCUUUUCACAUGAGCAAAAAAAUUAUUUUUCAGAAUGCAUGGGUAAUACAUUUUGAACUUAAGUAAUAUAUUAAGAAUUAUUGUCAGCCAAAGAAAAUAAUUUCAACCUUUUACAAAUCAAAAUAGAAAAUAGUUUUUCUCGCAACUCAACACAGUCCUUAUCUUCCUUUUUGAUUUAUAGGAAAAAUAGUUUCUCUAACUUUGGAACUAAUUUCAUUAAAUAUAAGAUUCGAUAUUUUUUCAAUCAAACACAAAUAAAUUAUAUUUAAUUUAACGUAUAAUGUUGCUCAUGAAUAACAUGAACACAUUUUGUGUAAUUUUUUUUUGUGAGAAUGGUGGAAACAAGAAAACAAGACAACAAUAAAAUUAAAUGAGAAUGGUGGUGAAUCCAAACAAGUUCGAGCACUAUCAUUCGCUAAAGUGUGCGCAGUAUGAACUUGUUCACGAUUUACUUUCAAAAUAGGGCACCAUUGAAAUUCUCUUGCAAGCAAAAUAAUGUACGUAUACACGAGUUGAGCCAUGUAAGACUGCAGUUUACGACUAUACGCACGUGAUGUGCGCGUAUCUUUUUAAUUAGAUACAUGAAUAUUAUGGAAUGAUAUACACAUGAAUGAUUAUAUAUGCAUAUCAAUUUUAAUAUAUAAACAUCAUAAUUCGUAGGAAACAUGCAUUACAUGAUUAUGCACAUGUGACAUACCAUAGAAAUUUACACAAGGUGAAAAAUUACUCCUAUUUACUUGGGACUCCAACCAGUGUGACAUAAAGGUUAUCGGUUCAAAUCUCGUCCACCCUUCCUUUUUAAGUGAAAUAUCUAGCGCCAGGUAUGAGGGAGGCCUGUGUUGCAUUAUUACUUUAAGCCCAAAAGGCUCUUGUGUGAAGGAGCAUGAUAGAGUAUAAAAACUAUUCCUUAGCCUCAACUAAUAGCUUAAGUUUCUUAACUCGUAACUUCACACCAAUAUGAAAUGAUUUAUAUAAGUAAAACCCAAAAGAAGUAUUACACACAAUUUGUUGCUAAAGUUUCCAUGUCUCCCCAUUUUCUGAUGACCAGGACUAUGGCAUGUGCUGUUUGCUUCAUCUACUUUUUUGUGAUCCGCUUGAUUGCAUAUUUUGCAAUUUUAGCAUUGCUAGUAAUCAUAGCUCUCAUAGCCCUCAAGUGUCUAGGAGAAUGGAGACUGACACAUCCAGAUGAAGAAGAAGGUGAAAGUAGACCUUUGAUCUCCCAAUGUAACUCUAGUAAGAUAGUAACAGCUAGCUAUGGAGCAUGCCAAGAAGAUCCCGAGUUCGAAAAUUGCAGCAGUAGUAGUAGCAGUAGCAGUAGCAGCAGCAGCAGCAAGUGUUCAACAUUAUAUGAUGUUAAAAUUUGUAUCAUAUGCUAUGAUGAGCAGAGGAAUUGCUUCUUUGUGCCGUGUGGUCAUUGUGCUACUUGUUUUGUGUGUGCUCAAAGGAUAUUCCAUGAGGAAAAUAGAAACUGUCCAGUAUGCCGAAGAUACAUUGGCAAAAUUAGAAGAUUGAUCGAAUUUUAGUAUGAUAAUUCCAUGUAUUAUGUCCAUUUUUGAUUUAUACCCAUGUUAGUAAAUAAUUUAGAAGCGUUAUAUCAAUUGGCUUGUUACAAUGAUUAAGUAAUAUCGAGUGAUGAGUGUAUUAUCGGUU